AUGGAAAUUCCUGCUCAAUGUUUUGAUACGUGCACAAGCCUUGAGCGAGUUACAUUUCCAUCAAAACUCGGUUCAAUCAAACGUUGUGCAUUUUUCAAUUGCAAUUUUAAAACCAUUGAAGUGCCUAAUAUUAAUGGUGAUAUCGAAGAAUCCGCUUUUAGUUUUUGUGAAAAAUUGAUGUGUGUAUCUAUUAAAGGAGCUAUUAAAACUAUUGGAACAAAAUGCUUUAUGUGUUGCAAAUCAUUAAAACAAAUUAAUAUACCAAAUACAGUGUCUGAACUUGGUUGUCGUUGCUUUAUGCUUUGUAUUUCAUUGUCGUCCAUCACACUAUCUUCUUCAUUAAAAAAUCUACCAAAUAAUUGUUUUGCCGAAUGUUUCGAACUAAAUAAAAUUAAUAUUCCUAACGAAGUUAUUUGUGUUGGAAAAGGCUGUUUUAAAUAUUGUUAUUCACUUAAAAACGUUAUUUUAUCAACUAACAUUCAAGAACUUGGGGAUCAAGCUUUUUAUCAAUGUAGAAAACUUAAAACUAUACGCAUCCCAAGUUCUGUUAAAUAUAUAAGAAAUGAAUGUUUUAGGUAUUGUAAAAAUCUUGAAAUUGGUAUCCCAAACACCGUGAACUCUGUUGGUAAUAAAAGUUUUGAUAAAUGCAAAUAUGUUGAAAUUCAAAAGAAAAAUAAAAAUAGUGACUGUCUGAUCGUUUAA